CGAUCGCCAUGUGUAAGCCUGCUGCACCAAGCCAAUGCGACCACCACGAUGACCGCCAUGGCCUCCUCACUGUCCCCUUCCUCGUGCAGAAGCCCCCCUUGAAGAGCCCAGCGGAGGUGGUAGCACUGCCGCCGGUCCUAACGCUGAGGCCUCUCGGCUCAGCAUCCUUGGCCUUUGUUGAAGCCAAGUCCAUCCUGAGCCUCGCGCUACCCAUAGCCUUCACCGGCCUGCUGCUUUACUGUCGUUCCUUGAUCUCCAUGCUCUUCCUCGGCCGGCUCGGCGACUUCGCCAUUGCCGGUGGCUCCCUGGCCAUCGGGUUCGCCAACAUUACCGGCUACUCCGUCCUCUCCGGCCUCGCCAUGGGCAUGGAGCCCAUCUGCGGCCAGGCCUUCGGCGCGCGCCGCUCCCACCUCCUCGGGCCGGCCCUUCACCGUACCGUUCUCCUCCUCCUCUCCGCCUCCGUCCCCAUCGCCCUCCUAUGGUACUACAUCCGCUCUCUCCUCCUCCUCGUCUGCCAGGACAUGGCUCUCGUCGCCGCCGCCAGCUCCUACCUCCGUGCCUGCCUUCCUGACCUCAUCCUCCAGUCUUUUCUUCACCCUCUCCGCAUUUAUCUCAGAGCUCAGUCCAUCACGCUCCCGCUGACCAUGUCAGCCGGGCUAGCCGUCGUCCUCCACCUGCCCAUCAACUACCUCUUGGUAUCUGUUCUCCGCCUCGGCAUCGGCGGCGUCGCCUUGGCCUCCGUUUGGUUUCACUUCAACGUCGUUCUCUUCCUCCUUGGCUACAUAUAUUUCUCCGAUCUCCGCCGGACCACGGGAGGACUAAGCUUCAGCUCCGAGUGCUUCAAAGGAUGGAGGCCGCUUCUAAACGUCGCUGUCCCCAGCUGCAUCUCGGUGUGCUUGGAGUGGUGGUGGUACGAGAUCAUGAUCAUCUUGUGCGGUCUCCUCGUCAACCCAGCGGCCACCGUCGCUUCCAUGGGUAUUCUGAUACAGACCACCUCACUCAUCUACAUUUUCCCGACCUCGCUCAGCUUUGCCGUGUCGACUCGGGUCGGCAACGAGCUCGGCGAGAACCGGCCCGACCGAGCUCGUCGAGCUACCACCGUCGGACUGUCAUGCAGCGUCGCGCUCGGCCUCGCCGCGUUCGGGUUCGCCGUCUCGGUGCGCCACGUAUGGGCCAGGAUGUUCGCCCGUGACUCCGCCAUCUUCGAGCUCACCGCGUCGGCGUUACCGGUCCUGGGCCUGUGCGAGCUCGGGAACUGCCCGCAGACCACCGGGUGCGGGGUCCUGAGAGGAAGCGCGCGUCCCAAGCUCGGCGCCAACAUAAACCUGGCCUCCUUCUACGUCGUCGGCAUGCCGGUGGCGGUCGGGCUGGCCUUCUGGACGCCGCUCGACUUCAAGGGUCUGUGGCUGGGGUUGCUGUCGGCGCAGGCCACCUGCGUCGUGCUCAUGCUCGUCGCCAUCCACAGAACCGACUGGGACACGCAGGCCGAGCGGGCGCAGCAGCUCACUGGGGGACAGGAAGCCAACAAAAAUGGAUCGCCAAAGAUCGAGCAACCAGUUCCUCAUUAUGAAGUAUAAUUCUUCCUCCUCCUUUCUCGGAUUCUGGCUUCUUUAACCACGAAUAUGUAUGUCU